AUGUCCUGGCCGUGCCUCCUCCGUGGCCUCCCCACGUCCCUCAGUCGUGGGCCGGGCGGUGGGAAGCUCGUGUGCCCAGCAGAGCUGAAGGCAGUGGUAGUCAUGGCUCUCGCGCACAGCCAGCGGGGCAUCCCUGAGACGGUAGCGCCUAGUGGAUGCUCUGAGUUUGUGCACGUACACUCCGAUGUUCAUGCGCCCACCGUGCCAACAGCAAGUAGUCUCUGCUGUGUCUCCUCAGGCCUAGCCCUAGCUCCCCAGCUCUGGGCCACCCGAUCCAUGGCCACCCUGAACCAGAUGCACCGCUUAGGCCGCCGGAAGGAGCCCCCCAAGCCUCUGGGCCCCACAGAGGGCCGGCCGCAGCUGAAGGGGGUGGUGUUACGUACCUUCAUCCGAAAGCCGAAGAAGCCCAACUCUGCCAACCGAAAGUGCUGCCGAGUGCGCCUCAGCACAGGCAAGGAGGCCGUCUGCUUCAUCCCCGGGGAGGGCCACACCCUGCAGGAGCACCACGUGGUCCUCGUGGAGGGCGGUCGCACCCAGGACCUGCCUGGGGUCAAGCUCAAAGUCGUGAGGGGCAAGUAUGACUGUGGCCACGUGCAAAAGAAGAAAUGACCAUAAUUCUCAGUGGUC